GAAACACCAAAGCAUGGAAGACCGCCCAUUAUGUCUCCAUGAAGCCUUUCCAUGCUGAGAUGAGGCAAUUCUGAGAUCUUGGUGACGACAGCAAGCCGGCAUCAAAAACGAUGGCUUCUUGCUUUCAAGUGGGAAGGCGCCACCCAACUGGAUAUCUCUGAUACAGUACCUAUAGCUGCAUUGUUGCGAAACAAGAUAUACCUACAUAUCUCGACAAGAUGUCCAUCCAACCCUUGCCGCCCGAAGUCGUCGCUCAAAUCAAGUCGUCCACCACCAUCACCAGUCUGAAUGGAGUAGUGUGCGAGUUGCUGAAGAAUUCCCUUGAUGCCUCAUCCAAAAGGGUCGAAAGUAUCAUCGACUAUGGUCGGGGGAGCUGUGUUGUGGAAGACGAUGGUAUGGGAAUACUGCCAUCUGAGUUUGGCGAAGACGGGGGCCUUGGAAAGCUCUACCAUUCCUCAAAGUUGGCCAACCACACUCCACUUCAUGGCUGUCGUGGAACAUUUCUGGCCUCCUUGUCUGCCUUGUCAUUGCUCUCGGUCACAUCCCACCACCAUCUACAUCACUCUCACAACACCCUCACCAUGCACAAGUCAGUUGUUGUGUCUCGUCAGACACCUUCUCCACCCAAGCUCCAUUUGGCAUCCUUUAGCCAUGGCACUCGCGUCACUGUCCGUGACUUGUUUGGCAACAUGCCUGUUCGCGUGAAGCAGAGAGCCAUGUCCGCUGAGAAGUCAGGAGGGAACAGCAAGGAAUGGGAAGAAUUGAGACGAUAUCUUGCCUUGCUCCUGCUUGCUUGGCCCAAGACUGUUGCCGUUACCAUUCGUGAAGCUGGAACGAACGAGAAGUUGCUUAUUCGGGGAUACUCGGGCGAUUCGGCUUCAGUGUCCUAUAACCAGAUCGAUGUCUCAACAGUCUGUUCCAUCCUGUCCCAAGCUUCUCUCGUUUCUAUCGAGGAUAAACCGUUCUGGGUCUCGGCGCGAGCGUCCACACCAAAAAUUGCCAUCACCUCAGCGUUAUCACUUCUUCCAAGUGCCACGAAACACACCCAGUUUAUCUCUUUCGGUAUACAACCUCUUUUCUCUCAUGAUACGUGCAGUGUACUUCACGAUGAGAUCAAUCGCAUGUUUCUCAACUCUUCAUUUGGAAACGACGAAGAAGCUGUGGAACUGGAUGCUUCAGAAAUUGACCGCCGAGCCAAGGAUAAAAGAUAUAAGGGAGACGGCUUCACGAACAAGGAAUUGAGAGGUGGCAAGAAGAGCAUUUAUCGAUGGCCGAUGUUCUAUAUCAACAUCCAACAGAAUCUCCGAUUGGCGGAUGGAAGAGGUCUGGACGUGGAUGGCAUUUUGGAUGACAAAGGGAGUAGUCUCGGUGCAAUCAUGGAGUUGUUGCAGGCAAUGAUUUGGGAAUUUCUGACCAAGCAUCACUUCCGGCCCAAGGCUAGCCGUAGUCGCAGGUCGAAAACAUCAACCACCGCUGAAGAUGCAAACGCCUCGGUCCUCGACGACCCCGGAUUCCCUGCAAUUUCCGCUACCAACAUCCAUGCAAGGAGCGCAUCGAUCAGCACGGAACGGAAGAAUUCAGUAUUCAGUCCUCUCAGCCCAAUCUCCAUGGCAACCAACAUGAACGCUCCUUCAUCUCAACGAGAGCCAUCAAGACUAGAUACUCCAUUUGAUGUCUGGACGAGAGUCAAGAUCGGUUCGAGACCAACGGAAUUUGCCCUUUCCGAGCUACUGCAACAAACCUCGGAUACCGCCAAGAUUCCGCGCCCAUGCUCCGCUCCUCCAAGCUCCACCAGCCGUAUAUCCACGCCAAUCCCAGACACGAAUUUCAGAUCGGCCACCCCGCUGCUGUCAAACAAGGGUAAAAUAAUUCGGCAACCUUUUGAGGAUGUGGCUUUUUCGGCAGGGAAAUUUCGAACGUCGAUUCCGAAAGGCCCUCAGCAGACGCUUCAGGCCCAUGACCAUUCCCGUCUGCCAGGCGAGGAUUUAAUUGCUUGGACGAACCCUGUCACCAGAGUCAAGUCUCUCGUCAAUCAGCGUACUGGCUUGACUGUUCGGGCCGACAAAGCAAAAUCAAGCUACACAAAUACUGCUUCUUCAUCAACAACACACAAGGAAACCAACUUUCAGAGGCCCGCAAACACCAACGUCUCAGGGACAGAGGGACCGAGUCCAUGGUUGAACAAUAUUCUCAAGACCUGGAAUAAUCCCGUUUUCUGCCCAGCGGAGCCAUCAAUUCCUCGAGUGUCCUUUGAUGGAUCAGAGGCUAGCACUCAAGAAAUAUUGCAUGGCCGUGGUCGUCAUUGCUCCCAACUCGACAUAGAUCGAGCUUUCAAGCAAUCGUCUGCUGGCAUUGAUGGCCGGAUAUCAAAAGCUGCACUGAACCGUGCCGAAGUCAUUUGCCAAGUGGAUACGAAGUUCAUUCUGGUGAAACUUGAAUCGGCAAAAACCGUAGGCGCAGCGGAUUCUGGGGGCGGUACACUCCUGGUCCUCAUAGAUCAACAUGCAGCGGAUGAGAGAAUCCGCAUCGAAACCCUGUUGGAAGAGUUUUUCGCGCCGCCAGUGACAGGAACAUCCAUGCCAACAGAAUCGGGCGUCCGAACAAGCCUUCUCGGCAAACCCAUUGAUUUUGAGAUUUCAAGCAAAGAAGCCCGGCUCCUCUACAAAUACAAAGAAUAUUUCGCGAGGUGGGGAAUUAUCUUCGAAUUUCUUAACGAAAUACACCCCGAAACUACUUCCAAAGGCACAGCAUUGCAACGCCUCAUCGUACUCUCUCUUCCGCCCAGCAUCAUUGAACGAUGUAAGCUUGAUCCGAGGCUACUUAUAGAUCUCAUUCGGACAGAGGCGUGGAAGAUUCAUGACAGAGGUGCACAACCACUUCCGGCAGCCGAGGGAGAUUGGCUUCAACGAAUUCACAACUGUCCACGGGGAAUCAUCGACAUGUUGAAUUCGCGUGCCUGCAGGAGCGCAAUUAUGUUCAAUGAUGAACUGAGCAAGGAGCAAUGCGAGGCUCUGGUGGGCAGAUUGGCAAAAUGUAAAUUCCCAUUUCAAUGUGCGCAUGGAAGACCGAGCUUGGUUCCUCUUGUUGAUCUUGGUCGGAUGGACAUGAGGGCUUCAAAACAACUGUGCAAUGGACAUGGGCCAAGUGGAAGCUUCGGAGCGAAUUUUAACAAGUGGCAAGGCAACAUGAAAUAAGCCAAAACAGGCAAUUAGCACUCUGUACCUCCAGAAGGGAUCUGCGAUUCUUACCAUUGAAGAGUGCGUGUAUCAGUCAAUAAGAUGUAUUUAGGUGGAACUUUCCCCCUCUAGCCUGCAAAAAAUGGCUCAGCACUCGGCGGGAGAAGACAAUAGAGACCUAUUUCGUAGAUCCUUUUCACACAUCACCUUAUAAUGGCAGAGCUCUACUCUUUUGU